CCAUGUUGAGGCCCGCUGCGGAGGUCUAGCAAACGGAGGAUCUGUUCCCGUAACAAUGGCAGCAAAAUCAUCACUCCUCAAAGUAAUACUGCUAGGAGAUGGUGGAGUUGGGAAGAGUUCCCUUAUGAACAGAUACGUCACCAACAAGUUUGAUGCACAGCUGUUUCAUACAAUAGGUGUGGAAUUCUUAAAUAAAGAGCUGGAAGUUGAUGGACAUUUUGUUACAAUGCAGAUAUGGGACACAGCAGGUCAGGAACGUUUUAGGAGCUUGCGGACUCCUUUCUAUAGAGGUUCUGACUGUUGCCUGCUAACCUUCAGCGUGGAUGACUCUCAAAGCUUCCAAAACUUAAGCAACUGGAAGAAAGAGUUCAUUUAUUAUGCAGAUGUCAAGGAGCCUGAAAGCUUUCCGUUUGUGAUACUGGGUAACAAAGUUGAUAUCGAUGAAAGGCAAGUGUCUACAGAAGAAGCCCAAGACUGGUGCAGGAAUAAUGGCAACCAUCCCUAUUUUGAAACCAGUGCAAAAGAUGCCACUAAUGUUGCAGCAGCCUUUGAAGAAGCUGUUAGAAGAGUUCUAGCCUCUGAAGAUAGAUCAGAUCACUUUAUUCAAACAGAUACAGUAAACCUUCAUCGGAAACCAAAACCCACUUCAUCUUGUUGUUGACUUAAAGAUUUAUUUUUUUUUUUGCCAUAUUACUUUUGACUAGCUUGCUCUGUAAAAGGAUGGUGAAGGUGUAAUAGAUAAAAUAACAAAUGGGUUUCACUCUAAUGUUAAAUUGUCAUAAUCUGCUGCUUUCUUGGGGGAGCAAAUGAAAAAUUUUCAUUCAUGAGUGACCUGUUACUGAAUUAAUGACUCUUUCUGUUCAGGAAGGUGUCAAGUAAAAACAUUAAUAUAAGAAUGUAAUUUGCCAACUUUAUUCAAAUGAUAAAUACUUUGAAUAUAAUUAAAACUUAAAAGUUCUAGAAGCACUACUUUGGAGAAACUGUUCUGGAAUUCAGACACAAAGAUACUUUUAUAUGGGUAUAUUUUUAUGAAAUCAGCAUUCCAUUUUUGUUUCACUAGAAGUCAGUUUCUUAACAAUGCUAGAUAUUAAACCAGUCUCACUACAUUCCUUUUGCUGUGAGUGGUACUUCAUCUCUAAUUUUAUCAAAAACAUCUCUGUUUAUUAUAAGUUAAUAUAAAUUACCUUCAGAUUGUCCUCUAAUUGCCUAAUGUUUCUAUUAUUUGAGUAGGUUAAGUAGGAAAUAAACUUCCUAUAUAUUUAAUGUCAAUUUUCCUUUACUAUUCCAAUUUCUGUACUAAUUUUCCUAGCAGUUUAAUGCAAGAUACUGCUGAUUUUUUAAGUUAAUACAUGUAUUUGCCUUAAGUCCCAUUCUAGUGUGUUUCUGAUCAGUAAGGUAAAAAAAUCUGAGUAACUGAAGUAUAACCAUUUUUAGUUAUGAAAAAGAUACACUUUAUUCCUUCAGCUUUAAUAGCACUUGAAGGGAUCCACGUUAUGACAAAUUUCUAAGAGAACUUUUAGUAUAUAGCCUUAAAGUUCCAAACUUCUUGUUCCUGUUAACCUGAGCUGUGAAUGUGUUUACCAGUAAUCUCUGCACUGUGAAACUAAGGAUUGGCAAUACGUAGAGAACUCAGGAAGCUCUUGACUUACAGUAGAUUGUGACAGCUUUCAGCCCUAAUACAAGUAAAUACCUACAGCUAGUGUUUGAACCGAAUUUGAUACUUAUUUAAUUUGCUAUUUUAGGAUAUGGACUUACACAUUUAAGACAAUGUCUUUUGUAUUACUGUACUCAUUACAUGAUGAUGAGCAGAAGCAGAUUCUGUAUUUAAUGGACAGUCUUUCUGCAGUAAUGCAGAUGAAACCACAGAAAGUGUAUCUGAGGCUCUCCAUUGCAGUUAAAUGGUAGAAUACUUGUAUGGGAAGUUGUUGAAAGUUGGCUCUCAGAGUACCCACUGUCCUUGUAUAGCAAACUUGACAGCGCGCUGUUUCAAUGUGUAAACUGACUGCUAACAGGCAUGCACAUACACAUGUUGUGGACUUCAGAAGGAAGUCUGAACCCUAUAGGGCAGGCCAUGUUAUUCACUAAACUGCACAGACUCUGCUUUCUGUACAAGUUUUUGGUUCCCAUAGAAAAGCCUUUCUUGAGAGUACAGUACCAGCAAGAGUUUUCUUUUAAUGAAUCUGUUCAGUCAGUACCAGGUGUAAUUAUUUGGAAGUAAAGCUUGCAAAACCUUUUUGUUGCUCUUAAUAAAUACACUCUUCUGAA